UGGAAAUAGAUACAGACUGUAAUGGCUAUCUGAAUCAUAUGGUUCCAUCAAGAUAAUGAGCUUGGCGUUUGCUAGUUAGUUGCAGAGUUUCAGGAAUUCUUAGGGUUCGAAGAAAGACUCUGUUUUAGUGAGGGUUGUGAUAUAUUUUCAUCGUGUUUGUAUCUGAAAAUGGGGGCCGGAAGGAAAACAGAGACCUUUACUGCACCGCCUAAUCAAGGCCUGGCAACCUACACUACAUCCAUGAGAAAUUUGGUCAAGAAACACCUCGGUGGAGUCAUAUUUGGUUGCAAGGACAUCACAAUCGAUGAAUGUCUAUCUAAACAACUCUUUGGCUUACCAGCUGCACACUUUCUAUAUGUACAGAACAUUUCUCCUGGCUUGCCACUUUUUCUCUUCAAUUACACUGAUAGGAAACUUCAUGGAAUCUAUGAGGCUGCUGGCUAUGGGCAAAUGAAUAUCAAUCCCUGUGGAUGGACCACUGAUGGUUCAAAUACUACGCCAUUUCCUGCACAGGUUAAGUUCCGUGCUCGGCUGCACUGCCGGCCACUGCCUGAAAGUCAGUUUAGAGAGAUAAUUGCCGACAACUACUACAAUGAGUUUCAUUUCUGGUUUGAGCUUGAUCUCGCUCAAACAAGUAAGCUCACAUCUAAGUUAGCAUCUGGAGCAGUUGCUCCAAGUACUCCUGCACUACAGAGAUAUAAGGGAGCAUCUGUGGCAGUUUCUCCAAGUCCUUCUGUACCUCAGAAAUCUAAGUUAGCAUCUGUAGAAGUUACUCCAAGGACUUCUGCACCUCAGAUAUCUAAGUUAGCAUCUGUAGGAGUUGCUCCAAGGACUUCUGAACCACAGAAAACACUGAAUUGGAGAAGUUGUUUUGUGGCUCUGCCAUCGCAUGACACAAUAGAGGAACCUGAGUGGCUUGAACAACUUACAUCAGAGGCUGAGGAUUUGAGUAAUUCAUGUCAGAAUUUGGAUGUCCCAAUUUCGUUUGGAAGAUACGAUCCAUUCAAACCCCAAUUAGAUGUGAAGGAUGCUGAACAAGUGGGGCAGGAACGUGUAUACAAAAAACUGAAAGAUUUAGCGAUCCAUGAUAAUCUUAACAAUGAAUGUCAAGACAUGUCUUUGUCAGGAGACGUUGAAGAUAGUGUUGCAGGAAGUUCUCACUCCUCGUUUGAUCAAAGAAGCAGAGAGAGUCUUUGCUCCUUGUCUGCACAGAAGAGUGGAGAGAUCCCCCUAUCCUUGUUUGAGCAUCAGGCACUCAUAGCUAAGUUGAUUGAAGAGGUGGGAGAGCUAAAGGCUUUUAAGACAGAACAAUCUCAGAAGAUUAGCUAUUUGGAGUACAAGCUGGAGCAGGCAGAGACUGAAAUUCAACGCUUGAAAGUUUGGUUUGAAGAUUGAAUCUGAGUUAGUACACUACUUGUGAGCAUUAAGUUGUAUGCUUUGAGCUAUGCUUGUGGAUGCAUAGUAUACCACUGUAAAGUUUCAUUCUCUCUUGGGCUGUAUGAGUUAAUUAGUAGCAAUUAUAGAGUUGACAUUAUAUGAUGUAUGAGUUAGUCAAGGAUUAAAUGUGCUUUGCUCUGGGGCCUUUGGUAGACAUGGCAGGCCACUUACAAUUAGAAUUCUUAUUAACCCAUCAAUACUAUGAGCUUUUG